ACAAGCUACUCCUCCUUCUUCUCAACAACCUAAAGCAAUGAAUAUCGAUCUAACACCCAAACAAGUCAGAAAUCUAAGAGAUGAUAUCUCACAAUUUCUUAUUGCCAAAUCUACAUCUGUUUUUACUCUUUUAUUCACACUUAAUUACUCUACUACUAAACAUCUGGCAAAUCAUCUCAGACACCUCAAAUACAAACACACUCUCAUCAUGCUAAUACAUAUAUUAUCUGCAAAAUCAAAGAUAUUCCUUGUGCAUUCCUAA